AUGUCAGACCACCCUACUCAUCAGUCUUCUGGGGAAGGUUUUACAAAGUUGUUGCAAGAAAGGACACAUCUAAACGGCUCUGAAAAAGAUAAACCCACACAAAAUGUCGAAAGGAAUGAAAACAUGACUACAAAGCUGAAUGAAAAAGAAACCCUUCCUACUAUAGACCAUUUUCUUCAACAUUUAAAUAUUCCAUCUCUCCGCGAGUCCAGUGAUGUGUAUCCAUUCUUGAACAGAUGCCCCAAGUUAGCAAUCUCGCGCAUGCUUAAUCGUCACUUGUUGCCAUGGAGAAAACCUCUAGAAAAAAUCAGUAAAGAUAACUUAGAUGAUAACGUUGUGAUGAUUGAAGGACAUUCUAUUAAGUGUAGCUCGGACGUGAAUAAGGGUUGGAUGCAUUGUUUUAAUAUUAGACCAGACGACAACUCAUAUGAUGUACCAGAUAUCAAGAAUCGGUUUGGUUGUGGUAUAGCAACGUUCAACAACAGUCUCUAUGUUGCAGGAGGAAGUUUUUACAGUCCCACCACCAUAAGGCAGAUUAUUUCAAAUGAAUUAUUUCUGUAUGACUUUGAAAGAAGAUGUUGGUGCCCCAUGGCUAAAAUGGUAGAAAAUCGUUGUUUCUUCAGUCUGGUGGCAUCCAAGAAUCGUUUGUAUGCUAUUGGUGGGAUAAAUUCCACUGUAAAUGAACAAGGCAAUCUACAUUUUCACAUUUCCUCGACCAUAGAAAUGUACGACCCUAAACACAAUGUGUGGCAUGUAGUGGGGAAUCUGCUUAAUAAGUUAUGUUGUCAUGGCGCAGAAGCAAUUAAUGAUGUCAUCUACAUCAUGGGUGGCAUGCAUGAAUUUAGAUGUAACCAAUCUGAAGGAUCAAGAUCAGCUUAUUCAACAAUUGGUACUGCAUGUAAACGCAGCAGUGUAAACAUGUGCUUUGACACUGUCAUGUGCACAUUUUCGCAAAAACGAACACUCCUUGUUAGCCGUUCUAAUCAUGGCACCUGCAAAACCCCAAAAUUUGGCAUAUUUAUAAUUGGUGGAGAAAAUUCUGAUGGGUGCAUGCUAGACACUAUUGAUCUGUACAGUCCAGGCACCGACUCAUGGUCACGACUGGGAAGUACAAUCCCACAUGGAAUCAUCUGGCCAAGUUGUACAUUCAUGGAGGAUACGAUUUAUAUUCUGGGAGUUGACAGUGUUGCUAUGAGUGAUAAGAGUAAUACAUUAAUCAAAUACAACAUGAAGGCGAAUAACUGGGAGUUAAUGCAGAAAACCGACAAAAUGCCAUACCCACGGAUUUGUACAUUGAAACUACAAAAGAAUUUAACACCAGAACAGGGCACUAUUGACCUUUCACGCAUUCGUUUAUUUGGACCUCUACAAAAUAUUGAUCAAGGACCACACUUUUACAAAUUGCCGGUUGAAAAUGAUGCUGAAAGUCUGAAUGAUGAGAAGUCUCAAAGUGAAGUAAUUUCCCAAGACAUGGAUAAGGUUGCUGCAAAUUUUCAAAGGGAAGAAUCAAAUAAGUUAAUUAAACAAGUUUACAAAUUGUCAGAAAUAAUGACUAAGAGCGAUAAAGUUGUUUUAGUAGUAGAAGAUAAGAAGUUCUCUUGUAGCAAAACCCUAUUAUCUUCAUGUAGCGAUUAUUUUAAAGUCAUGUUUACAGGAGGAUUGAAAGAGAGUACUACAAAGCAAAUGGAAAUUCAAAUCUUCAGCAUCUCCAAAGAUGCUUUUUGUGCGAUAAUGCAAUAUAUUUCUUCUGGAUGUUUGUCAUUGGAUGGUGACAAUUUCAUAGGUGUACUACAUGCUGGAAGUCAUUUUCAAAUUGCUGCAGUAAUGGAACUUUGUCUGCAGUUUUUACGUGAAGGCACCUGUCCUCAGAACUUUGUGGAGAGCUUCAACAUAGCAGCUUUGUACAAUCUACAUGAUGAAUUCAUAGGCCGACAUGAAGUGGUAAACCUUUUGGAUGUCUUCAUAGAUGUGGCAAAUUCUUACCAAUCCACACUGUCUGACUUAUCUCUGGAAAACAUGAUGUAUCUAUUGAAACAGCCAAGAAUCCAAUGUCAUAAGCCACUUAAGGUGUUCAAUAUCAUACAAGCAUGGAUCAAAGAAAACAAAGGUAUCAGAAUCAACGAUGCUUCAAAAUUGCUUCAAACAGUGAAAUUUUCUAGCAUGCAGGUGGAAGAACUUGUUGAUUGUGUAGUGGAAGACUGUUUCAAGAUGGAUGACCCAGUUAGUCAAGAUCGAAUAAUCCAUGCACAGCUCAACCACUUUUUUCCUCAAAGACAUGCUGAAACAAAUGCCUUAGACGAAGAUGACGAGGAAGAGGUACUUAUCUCGAUGGAAGGUUUAGCGAUUAAUCGACAGGCUCAUCUACAUAGACUGGAUAAAAGGAUUGGUAGAUGGAGAAAGUUGAGUCGAAUGCCAGUAAACCAACUCUCAUAUAGAGUAGCUGUUGUUAACAAUGUCCUUUACAUUGCCGGUGGGGAGAUCCAUGAAGCUUUAGAUGAUGACCGUAGUGGUACAACAUUUGCCACAGAUGAGGUGUAUCGCUAUGACCCAAGGCAUGGUGGCUGGGCCAAAGUUGCACCAAUGAAUCACAGACGUACUGAUUUCUGCUUUGUCUCAUUGGAUGGAAAACUAUAUGCAGUAUGUGGUAGAAACUGUAAUGACAAAUAUGGCAUGAACAUUGUAGAGGUAUAUGAUUUACAAACUAAUAGUUGGACAUUGGUCAAGCCAUUACCGGUCAAACUGUAUGCCCAUGCUGGGACAGCAUACAAGGGAAAACUCUACAUCACUGGUGGUCAUCCUGGCUCUCCUUAUUAUAUCAGCAAGAAGCUAUAUACGUAUUGUACAGAGAUUGAUGAGUGGGAGAUGAAAGAAUCUAUGAAUAUUGAAAGAACAUGGCACAGUAUGCUUACUGUAGGUGAUACUAUAUAUGCAAUUGGGGGGUUGAGCCAUGAUCGCAUCAACUGCUUGUGGAAAAUGGAGAUGUACGAUCCAUGUAACAAUACAUGGGUCUUAGCUGAUACACAAGGAGCAAUACAGAUUCCUGGCAGAUCUCUUGGUACAACAAUAGCUGGGUAUAAAGCUGUUUUCAAGGAUGGUCAAAUUUAUGCCUUACAUGGACACUUCUAUGAGUAUGAUUUUAUUGUCAGUAGAAGUGUUCUGUGUUACGACCCUUCAAAGAAGACAUGCGUAGAGUCACCUCUAUUGCAAUUUGAAGGCUGUCAGGCAUUAUGUUUAUUGAAAGUGCCGAAGUAUUUGUUGUCUGAAGAUGAGUCGGUAGUUAUAAAAGGGGAAAGCAGUUCAAAACAAACUGGAGGCGAUUUUGGCAUUAUGAAUCCGGAAUAUGGUUCGAGUAUACUGCAAGGUCUUUAUGACUUAUUUAAUGAAAGUUUUCUUUGCGACGUUCAAUUGAAAACAACUGGGAAAUGUUAUUUCGUACAUGGCAUGGUGUUGGCUGCUUCAAGCCCAGUCUGUAGACGUCUUCUAAUGGAAGGGCAAUCGUCGGUUUUUGUACAUUCGGAAGACAUGUCGAUUAACUUACAAAGGAUUGACGGAGAAUAUACAAUCAUAGAAAUCUACGGAGUUAGUGCUGCAGACAUCGAAUUGGUCUUACAUGUGUUAUACACAUUGUCAAUCACAGAUUUUGAUAAACUACCGAAACUUCUCCAACUUGCUGAAGUACUUCAGUUUGAAAGUAUUAUUAAAAUAUGCAAAGCUUGUGUUAUAGCAGAUAAGACUGCUAAUAGCACGAAAUAA